AUGACCUGGACUUCAAGCUUGUCUCAGACGUUAUCCACUGAUCUGAGCGCUCUCGGGCACGCUGCUCAAGGGCUUCCAGCUCGCGUUGCUGUUUCUACAUGUUGUCAAGGCGCUGAAGCGUGGGAACGACCUGCGGCUGAUCCCAAGCCAACGGCUGGCCUUCUGAACGCUCAUCGGAGCAGGUUCCCAGAGAGACUGCGGACAGAGAAGAUCAUAUGCUUGUACUGCAACAGCAAGGCCAGCCGCACCAGUCUUCCCCUGCUCAAAGGCCCCUCCUACACAAAUCUUAACGGGAGUCAAGCAGCAGUGUUAGCUCGAGUUUGGCUUUUGAUCUGGGAUGUAUCUUGCCAACAUGCAUGGCUAGGCGAAGGCCAUCCGACCUGCUCCUCCAGACCUAGCUAG